AUUUUUAUAUCAUAUAUUGGAGCGAGAAGUGUUUGCAUUUUGCAACACUAAUUUUUGUAUAUGGCAACAGUUUUUCUAAGAGAAGUGACAGUUUCUGUUCUUUCGAAGGUCAAUUUAAGGUUAAUCAAUCGUACACCAGCAAGGCAAGAGGCUGUUGUUUAUUACUCAACCCAAUCGAAGUGCAAUACAGCAAAUAUCAAGAUGGUGCGUAAAUUCUGUGUUGGUGGUAACUGGAAAAUGAAUGGCGAUCGUGCAGUUAUUGCUGAAAUCUGCAAGACCUUAAGCAAAGAGCAAUUGGAUCCCAACACUGAGGUUUAUAUUGGCUGCCCAGCACCAUAUUUAAUGUAUGCACGUGAUUUAUUCCCAGAAAAAAUUGCUAUUGCUGGACAAAAUGCUUACAAAGUUCCCAAAGGUGCUUAUACUGGUGAAAUCUCACCGGCUAUGCUAAAAGACGUUGGCGCUGAAUGGGUCAUUUUGGGACAUUCAGAGCGUCGUCAAAUCUUCAAAGAAUGUGAUGAUUUGAUUGGUGAAAAAUGCGCUCACGCUUUAGCUGAGGGUCUUAAGGUAGCUGCUUGCAUUGGAGAAACACUCGAAGAGCGUGAAUCUGGUAAAACCAAUGAAGUCGUUGCACGUCAAAUGUGCUUCUUGGCCAGACACAUCAAGGACUGGACAAAUGUUGUUGUCGCCUAUGAACCAGUCUGGGCUAUUGGCACUGGUAAAACUGCCAGCCCAGCACAGGCUCAAGAAGUUCACGCUUUUCUACGCCAAUGGUUGGUUGAGAAUGUAUCCCAGGAAGUAGCUGAUGAGUUACGUAUCCAAUACGGUGGUUCAGUUACUGCUGCAAAUUGCAGAGAACUUGCACAACAGCCCGAUAUCGAUGGUUUCUUGGUUGGUGGCGCUUCAUUGAAGCCUGAAUUCGUACACAUCAUCAACUCCAGAUCAUAAACACAUUGCGAUUGAUUGACCUAACCGAGGGCAAUAGAAAAUACAAAAAAAAACCAAAAAACACAUCAUUGAACAAA